AGGCCGGACGUCGCGAACGCAGGGCGAUUUGUCUCCCGGUAACCAAAUUUAGCGACGCCGUUGAAUUAGUUUCUCUCUCAAGAGUCCGACUAUACUAUUCUUUUCAAGUUUGUUUUUCAACAUUCAUUAAGGGUGUACCAUUGGUUCUAUUCCCGUCGCGGAAGAGACUCCGUUAAUAAUAAUAUUAUUAAAUCGGUAGAGACUGUACUAUUGCGGGUACUAUAUUGCAGAUGUCGACUUUUCUGUUCCUAUAUACCUGUACGUCUACGGCGAAAGCAGUGGAAAAGUACUGGGUGGCCUUAUCGAACGGACAAUUUUUUCCAAAAGUUUCUGAAAUAAAACGUCUUAGACAAAGGAAUCCUACAGCUAGCUGGGAGGGUAAGAGACAAAAUCCCCAACAAUAAUACGGCCCGUAUCAUUUCAGCAUUUAAAUAAGAAAAGCGAGGAAAUAGCACACCAAAAUUCGUCACAAUCGAAUCUCACUACCAAAUCAAUAAGAAAAUACGCUUCUGGGCGCAAUAUUUCUUUUUCGUUUGGAUUUCUCCUUUUAACCGUAGUUCCCCAUUGAUACCAACCAUUUAUCUUGACGUAUCAAUCGUUAAAAUAUCUGUAUAUAUUUAAAUCGUUCAAGUAGAGACAAAGUCUCAUACGAAAACGUCAAAAGCGUGACAAGAUUAAUGUCUAGUUCAAAUGACGGCGAGAAAAAGAUUCAAAUGAAGGUAUCGCCAAGCUAAGAGAGACGGUAGAACCUGACGAUAAUGCUCCGAAAGCCGGCAUGCAAAGAGGCGCGAGCGUUGGAGGUGGACGAGCACGUGCUCACCGAGUGAUACAACUUUUUUUUUCCGAGCUAAAUAAGGUGACUCAGUGUUGGUGGGGCGAUAACGAACGAAUAGGAAACGCGAGCGAGUCAGCGUGCGAAGCGAGAGCUAACGGAGAGACCGAAAGGUAGAAAGAGAAGGAACGAGCUUGACAGCUGUUGAGCAGUCAUGGUGUGCGUAAUGUGUGCACGUGAUCGAAAGAGAGAAAGAGAUUGAACGUGUGUGAAACUGCGAGCGAGCGAACGAGACAGACGAUACAUGACAAAGUCUGGAGUAACCAGUGACGUAUCUCGAGUUUGUCGCUGCUAGGGGCGAAAGUAAAGGAUUAUAAUCACUCACAGUGGAUCUGUUUCUGCGAGCGAGAAAAUCUCUCGUGCGUUGGAACGGAAGUACAACUCGUGCUAUCGAUUUUGGACGACGAGAGUUCUUUCCAUCGAGACAAAAUUAUACUCAGAAACAAAGGCUGUGAUUUUUCGCCUUAACGUUGAGAAAGGAGGCGUAUCCGUGGAAUUAAUUCCGUUACAGCGUCCGAAUUAUGAGCAACGGGAAUUGAUAACUCUGAUAGUCCUUGCUCAUGUCGGCCCUGAGUCAAAGGAGCGAGCAAGACGAGGACUAUUCGAACAGGUAAUGAAUGAAUGAGUGCGAGAAGGUUUCGAUGGUAGGAGAAGAAGGACGAAAAGAGAGAGUGUAGAGGGGCGAGUUCGUGCAUUUCUGGUGCGAAACUCGCACGCGUGUUCAGUCGUGAACUACCACCGUAUCCAGGUGCGCUCUCGCAUCGCAGGUGCGUUCACGAACUAGCGGUUAACGUCUCUCAUCAAUUGAAUCAAGAGACGCGAAAUCCGCGCGACUCAAUAGAAGAGUGAGAAGAAAGAUCCCGACUAACGUGUGUGGCCCGGAGUGAAAAGCGCUACAGCUGGCUGCAUCGCUGCGCAGAAUGUUUCUCGUUGCACCAGUCGACAAUAAUCGUUGGGUCUACGCGAUGCACGGACUGGAAAAGCCCAUGGAUCAUGUAUCCGCCGGCGGUGUAAUGGCAGGCUCCAUUGCCACUUUGGCGAUUCUCUGGGUGUCCCUGCAGACGAUGGGACUUUUGGGACACUCGAUCGGCACUUCCAAGUUACCCGCCUCUCUGCAAAAUUAUCUCGCCAGUUACAACGGAUUCCCAGUCAGCAAUUACGGUCAUAAGGCCGUCGUGGGCCGUUUUGAAAAUCGGCGAUUCCCCAGAAUCGAUGAAGCGACACUGAACAACUCGAUCGCAUUCGCCCAGACGUUGAUCGGCCGUAUGAGCACCCUCGAGAAGAAUAUCGCGAAUGCCGGUGUCGAGCUCCAGGCGCAGAGUCCGGCUGAGAAACAAUACUGGAAUUCCUACCCUUCUGCGGACGCGUUCGAGAGGAGCAUCGACGCCAUCAUAGCCACAAAGGCAUCGUCGUAUCUCAUGCAUCAGAACUGCCGAAGGUUCGGCCUGGACAAAAAUGACUGUGCUCGCUACAUAUCGACGUUGAGGCUGCGAGGCACCCAACUCGGGGCAACCUGCGUCGCGAUGCAUAGCGCGAGCUGCGACGAGGGCUCCAGGUACCGCAGCAUCGACGGCAGCUGCAACAAUAUCGAGAACCCGAGCUGGGGCAGCGCGAUGACCGCGUACACCAGGGUGCUCUUCUCCCAGUACUUCGACGGCAUCCAAGAACCGAGGCGCGUCGGACAAACCAAAAAGCCGCUGCCAAGCCCGAGGCUCGUAAGCGCAGCUCUGACGACCGCAAACGAUCAGUCGGACGCUAGCAGGACCUUAGCUGUGAUGGAAUGGAGCCAAUUCAUCGCUCACGACAUGGCCCACACUCCAGUUCGUAAGAUGGUUUCAACGGGGAAGCCGAUCUCUUGCUGUCAGCCAGACGGAGACACCUUGUCGCCGCGUCACGUACAUCCCGACUGUUCUCCCAUCAGCGUGCCAGAUCGUGACCCUGUUUACGGCGAACAUUACGUUCGAUGCAUGAACUAUGUUCGAUCGUUACCCGUCUUAAGGUCCGAGUGUACUUUCGGACCUGUGGAACAGAUGAACCAAGCGAGUCACUUUUUGGACGGCUCCACGAUUUACGGGUCCACUUUGAAGAAGUCUCGCGAUCUUCGCACGUUCGAAAGUGGCCGCUUGCGCGUCCAAGUCCGAAACAAUCACACGUACUUACCGCAGGGAGAUGCCGAGCUCGCGUCUCAAUGCGGAGAGAAUUGCUACAACUCCGGUGAUGAUCGUGUAAACAUCGAGCCUCAAUUGGCCGCGAUCCACACGGUCUGGCACCGCGAACACAAUCGCGUCGCCGACGAGCUUGCCAGGUUGAAUCCGGACUGGCCGGACGAAGUCCUUUACCAAGAGGCCAGGCGUAUCGUAAUCGCUGAGAUUCAACAUAUUACUUACAAGGAGUGGUUGCCUAUCUUGCUGGGUAGAAGAUAUACCCGCGCCAUCGGCCUCGUAGGGAAUGGUUACAGUCGUAGCUACAGUUCCGACGACGAGCCGGCGGUCAGCAACGAAGUCGCCACCGCAGCGCUGCGUUUCCUGAAUUCGUUGAUGCAAGGAGAACUGAGUUUACCGGACAAUUUGCGCGAGCAGAACAAAACGCUCCAACUGGCGGAUCAUUUCUUUAAUCCGCGUGUGAUCGAGUCGGAACAAGUGCUCGACGGAUUGCUUCGUGGUCUUGCUACUCAGACCAGUCAGAAAAUGGAUAUUAGCCUCAUUCCAGACAUGACGAGCAAGCUGUACACCAGUAACGGAAACGACUUGGGCUUAGACGCCAUCAGCUUGGACAUUGAACGUAGCCGCGAUCAUGGUCUUCCAGGAUACAAUUAUUACCGCAGAUACUGCGGGCUUCCCGCUGCCAGGACUUUUGACGACUUUUUAGAUUACAUACCAGCGGAGAUGGUGAUGAAACUGCGCACGACCUAUUCACACCCGAAUGACGUCGAUCUUAUCGUCGGCGGAAUGGCGGAAAGACCGGCGGAUGACGGCAUGGUCGGGCCAACCUUCCGUUGUCUCAUCUAUGAGCAGUUUUCCAGAUCCCGACGCACCGAUAGGUUUUUCUACGACUCCGCGUUGCAACCGCAUCCCUUCACACCUGAACAAUUGACUCAGCUACAUAACGUCACCUUGGCGCGAAUAUUUUGCGACAACGGUAACAGCAUCACGCACAUGCAGCGCAAUGUAUUCCUCAAGCCGCAAGCAGGGAAUGAAUUGAGACACUGUACGGAUUUCGAGGCGAUACCCAGCGUGGACCUGUUCGCCUGGGCGGAGAGGGCGAAGGCGUACCGUUGAACUGCCCGAUUAAUUGGCUGGUCACACAACAAUUGCAUCCGUUCGCCCGAGAUGUAGAGCGGGCCUGACGAGGGCGGAUUACGGGAGCGGGGGAGUGUGGGAAGCGAUUGUGCGAGACUAUGUGGUAGUCUCGUCAGCGUCGCGACGACGAGAUCGCGCCUCCACGACGAGGUGCUGCGCAAGGCGGAACAAUGGCGAAACCACGUGACUGGUCGAUUAAAAAGAUAACCGGCAGCUAGAGCGAGGUUGCACGGAAAAAAAUGUCCUCGCGAGAGAACUAUAUUCGAGAUGACUUUGUCACUCUGCGACAGAGCUUGCUCGCAGGACCGUAUUUCCUAACAUUAUAGUCUGAUGAUACAUGUUUAUGGAUAGUCUCGUGUGUUUGUGUGAGGUGGUGGACACUGCGAACCUUGUGCGCUUAUCCGAAUAUUACGCUUGCGUAUAUGAUUGCGUUAAUUCGAGGCCCAAGUUUCAAAAGUACUUGGGAACUGAUCACUUUUGCGAUAACUUUAGGAUAUCGAGAUGGCUACAAUUGUUAUUUAACAAUAAGUGACGUUAUCUCCAAUUGUGUGAGAAUCCAAGUAUCUGAUUAAUGAAGAUGGAACGGAUCUCUGACCAGUAAAUAUAAUCAUAGGAUCAGAAGCAUAUCUCAAAAUCGAAGAGUGCACUUUUUCAUUUUUGAUAAUAAUCUGAAUGACUCUCUCGGACGAAGCUAUAACCGAAAGCAAUAAUGUAUGAAACGGUGACUGAUGCUAUGAUAGAUUUUUAACUGUUGAAUAUUAACGUGAAUCUCCGAGAUCAUUUUUACGAACCCUCUCUCUUUCUCUCUCUGCUUUCUUCCUCACCCUAUCAAGAUAUUAUUUAGUGUUUUAUAUUUUGAGAAUAUAAUAUUCACACGUUAAAAAGUCUUUGACUUUCCCUUCUUUUAGUCUAGGGUAAGAAUUAGUAUUGCGCUGGAUAUAAAAGGAAUACCUUAUUUUUUUAUAACGAUUAACGUAUUCACGUUAGUCGAAGGAUAUGUCUUCUUUACGUUAGAAACUUCCCACAUCUGCCAAAAAUAUUUAUUUCAAAAUGAGCCAGUUUUACAACAGAUUUGUGAAAACGAUUUGUUAAAAAGAAACAUAGUCAUCGAACAAUUUUUAACAAUAUUGUUAGGACAGCACUAUAUGCGAAUAAAUUAUGUUUUGCCAACUA